AUGAUGAUGAGCGGACUUUUGAAGAAGAACGUGGGGAGAGCGGUUUUUAGACGCGGAUUGGCCAGUGAAGUGGCUCCAGCAGCACCCAAGAUGAAGACUUUCAAAAUUUACCGUUGGAGCCCUGACAAGCCAGCUGAGAAACCAAAGUUGCAAGAGUUCCAGGUGGACUUGAACAACUGUGGGCCCAUGAUCUUGGACGCACUAUUGAAGAUCAAAGACGAGCAGGACGCGACGUUGACGUUGAGAAGAUCGUGCAGAGAAGGGAUCUGCGGAUCAUGCGCCAUGAACAUCGGUGGCAGAAACACGUUGGCAUGUCUGUGCAAGAUCGACCCAGACACGUCAAAACAGACCAAGAUUUACCCACUGCCCCACAUGUACAUUGUGAAGGAUUUGGUGCCAGAUUUGACGCAGUUCUACCAGCAGUACAAGUCUGUGCAACCUUACUUGCAAAGAAAAUCCGUGCCCGAGGACGGCAAGGAGAACUUGCAGAGCAUUGCUGACAGAAAAAAGCUUGACGGUCUGUACGAAUGUAUUCUGUGCGCAUGCUGUUCCACAGCGUGCCCUUCGUACUGGUGGAACCAGGAGCAGUACUUGGGUCCCGCUGUGCUCAUGCAGGCUUACCGUUGGUUGGUCGACUCGAGAGACCAGGCCUCCACGAUGAGAAAGGAAAUGCUACAAAACUCCAUGUCGCUUUACAGAUGUCACACCAUCAUGAACUGUACCAGAACCUGCCCUAAGGGUCUAAACCCCGGUAAAGCAAUUGCCGAAAUCAAGAAGGCCUUGGCCACCGAUUAA